AUGUCCGUGGUGUGCGAGGCAGUAGAGGCACUGACCCCCAAUGCCAAGCCAUCUUCGUAUGCGAAGAGAUGGUGGACGGCCGACCUCACACAGCUCCGGCAGAUUCACACUCACUGGAGGAACCGGGCGAGGGCGGAGAGAAGGGCAGGUAACACCCAACCCGAGCUGGAAAAACGCGCCCGCUCGGCCGCCAAGCAAUAUCACGACGUCAUCCGACAACAGAAGAAGAGCCAUUGGGAGGACUUUCUGGCCGGCGACACAAACAUCUGGAAGGCCGCGAAGUAUCUCGACGCCAGCAAAGGGGCUUCCUUCGACAAGAUCCCCCUUUUAAAAAGAGCCGAUGGUUCCCCAACGGAAGACGCCGCAGAACAGGCCGAAGAGCUGCUCUCUACAUUCUUGCCUCCUCUUCCCAACACGAUUGAGGAGGAGGGGGGGCGGCCACAGAGGUCGCCGGUACCCUUACCUAACCUCACGCUGGGAGAAGCAGAGAGACAGCUCUUUGCAGCAAAGCCGUGGAAAGCACCCGGAGAAGACGGUCUGCCAGUGACAGUGUGGAAGCACACAUGGCUGGUGGUGAAGGGGAGGGUCCUCUCACUUUUCCAGGCCUCGCUAGAUGAAGGGACGCUGCCUCAGCAAUGGCGGCACGCCAAAAUCAUCCCGCUGAAGAAGCCAAACAAAAGCAACUACGGCGUGGCAAAGGCCUGGCGACCGAUCACGCUGCUCUCGACGCUCGGAAAAGUGCUAGAGUCGGUCCUGGCAGAACAAAUCUCGCACGCGGUCGAGUCGUUUGGCCUCCUCCCUACGAGCCACUUUGACGCUCGCAAGCAGAGGUCGGCAGAGCAGGCGCUGAUACUGCUGCAGGAGUACAUCUACAGAGCGUGGAGGAAGAGAAAGGUGGUCAGUCUGGUCAGCUUUGAUGUCAAGGGAGCUUACAAUGGGGUGUACAAGGAGAGACUACUUCAACGACUCAGGGCGCGGGGUAUCCCCGGGAAGCUGGCGAGAUGGGUUGAUGCCUUCUGCUCCCACAGAACGGCAAGCAUCCUAGUCAACGAUCACGAGUCCGGGGCUCGCCCGUUACCACAAGCAGGGCUGCCUCAGGGCUCGCCACUGUCGCCUGUGCUGUUCCUCUUCUUCAAUGCCGAUCUCGUACAACACCAAAUCGACGAGAACGGGGGCGCGCUGGCCUUCGUCGACGACUACACGGCGUGGGUUACCGGACGAUCGCGAGAAGCAAACCGGGAAGGCAUCCAGAACAUCAUUGAUAGAGCACUCGAGUGGGAACGACGAAGCGAGGCGACCUUCGAGACGGACAAGACGGCCAUCAUCCACUUCACGCGCAACUGGAGACUACCGCCGGACUCGACCAGCUUCGUCAUCAAAGGGGACACUGUCCGACCAAAGGACCACGUCAAGGUACUCGGGGUGACGAUGGAUACGAAGCUACGAUUCGAAAAGCACAUCGCAGACGCGACGACAAAAGGGCUGGAGGCCGUGCUGGGACUCAGGCGGCUCAAAGGUCUGUCUCCGGCGACGGCCAGACAGCUUUUCGUCGCGGCCGUGGAACCAACGAUGGACUACGCGUCGAAUGUAUGGAGAUAUAGAUGUCGGGCAACGCAGAUGAGAGCAGUCAACCGAGUGCAGAGGAUUGGCGCCCAAGCGGUCGUGGGAACCUUCAACUCAGUGGCCACAGCGGUCGCCGAAGCGGAGGCAAGCAUUCAAUCGGCGCAAGAGAGAUACGACAGAAAAUCAACAACAUUCUGGGUACGGAUGCGAAGCCUUCCCAAGACCCAUCCGCUUCGACGUCUACGGGCGGUAGCCUUUCGACGGUUCCCAUCACCCUUCCAGCUGAUGGCGGAGGCCUACCGCGACCAACCCCUCGACAAGCUGGAGACUAUCGAAGGGUAUUCGAUCACUCCAUGGGAAGCCCGGAUUGACACAGUAGUCGACGACGACGCGGUCAAGGCCACCGAAUUCAGUCCGGGUGGGCAGUGA